UCUAAACACGCAAUGGUAAUCAUUUCAAUGGGUUUAUUUUCGGAAAUUUGUGUUUACAUACUUCAAGGAUUUGGAUUCGAUUCGGUUUGGCUCGUACCAGAUUACGCCCAUGACAUGAAAUGAACUGGAAACGAAGAUAAAUUAAAGUUGCUGAGGGGAAUAGGCAUGAGAAUGGAAAUGGAAUGCUGGGAGUGAAAAAGUAUAACGAAACUAGUAUUCUAUGGCAGGCCGGGCCAGUAAUAGCGUCUGACGUCGACGAAACUGUGAUUGUGGGUCCCCCCAUCCUGCCUGCCAAAACUGCUUGAGGCUCGAGGCGCGAGGCGGCUCCUUUUCCAUGUGCGGUGUGCGUUGUAUGUCGGGUCGUGAUGGGGUGGGCAUGGCAGAAAUUGUAUGGUGGGGCUACAGCCAUGAGGAUGCGUGUGUAAGAUUGGAAACAUUGCCUGCCAUCCAUCCGACAACAACAGCUACAAUGGCAAAAGUUUAAUGAGUGUAAUUUUUGUAAAUGAAAGCAAAAUGAGCAGAGACGGACGGCAGAGCCAACUUAUAAACGUGUUUUUGCAUUCAGUAAAGCAAGUCAAACGGUGGCAACACGCGACGGGGACCAUACAGUGACGGUUCGUCUUCAAGUACGAUUUUGUUGAGAGGCAAUCAAUAUGAGGUCCAGCAGCAGGGCACUGGAGAAUGGUGAUGGCGAGGAGGAUGGCGAGGGUGGGCAGGAGCAGGAGCACCAUGCGGGCGAUCCGCGUCCAUUGCCAUACGCCUUUGAGCAGGAGCUGAUCAGAAAGUCCAACAGGCAUAUACGCCUCUAUGAUGCCUUCGUGCCGGUUAGCAAAGAGUAUUUGUUGACUCGCAAAUUCUACGCCGCGUACGACCAACGGAAGCCGGCGCAGCCAUUGCGCUUCCUGCGCUACACCCAACCGGAGAGACAUCUGGAGCAACAGAGGCAGCUGGACUCGGCAACUCCGCUGCUGGAAUCGCAGAUGUACGGCUGGCUGCCAGUGCAGGGUCGAAAAUGCUCCCUAGACCUCAACUUCCUACAUGCCCCAAAAAUGCGAUGCAGCAUGACGAUCCAUGGCGAACACCUGAUGGCGGAACGUUUCACGGAGCGUCCACCAUUCAAUGGACUGCGCUUUUUGCUUCACUAAAAACACAAAAAACAAAUUUUAAAU